AUGGAAUCAGAAUUACAGCGUCCUCAUGGCCAUAAUUACGACGAAGACCCGCACAACGCUGGGUCGUACUCAGUGAUAGAUCAAGGUGGAGAUGAACAACAUCAAGAGAAGAAAUCGGUGUUGGAAAAAGUGAAGGCAAAGGCUAAGAAGAUUAAGGACACUCUUGCAAAGCAUGGCCAUGGUCAUGAUCACGAGCAUGAUGAGGAAGAAGAAGACGAAGAAAUGGUGGAAGGCCCAAAAGCUCACGCUUUCGGAUCAGUCGCUGGCGGUAAGAGUGGUGUACCCGGACAAGGGGUGGUCAAUUUGGAAAAACCAACAGGUACUGUGGAGGAUCGUCACGAUUCUAAGAUGGUAGAUGCAAGACCGAGGGGAAACCUUGUCCACUCGCAAGGUGAUCAAUAUAUGGGGCAGCCUAGGGUCAAUAUUGGAAGAGAAACAGGAAUGGAGGAAGAUCCUCAUGCCUCUAAGGAUCGAAAUGACACAUCAUUUCCUCCAAAUUAUCAAACCAAAGUUGCUGAUCCAACCAAUGCCAGAAAUGCUACUGGCAAUGCUGGGAAGGAAAUGCUACUGACAAGGUUGGGGAGGGAAGAAGACUUGAGGAAUCCAGCAAAUGAUUGA